AUGAACGUUUCCAAGGUUGUGCCCUGGCUCCGGAGACUCGUCGACCGCCUGGCGACUGCGCCGGCAGAGGCCUUCGAUAUGUGCUGGGAUGUUGGCCGUCGUUACUUCUUUACCCUUGCCUUUCUCUCCCUCUUCCUCGCCAAAUGCGUCCACCUUUACGCCCACAUCCACUCCCUACCCGUCCACAAAGUCAUCCUCUGGAGCAUCACCUUUUUCUUCCAGGAUGUCAUAAUCCUUCUAUUCUUCCGCAUCUUCGUCCAGAGGAUCCGUUGGCGUCCGCUGUCCGCGCUCUGUGCACUACUCGUCACGUCAGCUAGCUUGAUCAUGUCCGGCAUGGCCUCCGCCAACACCUCCUUCUACGUCACCACCGGCGCCGAGAUUCACUGGCGACAGGCCAGUACCUUCAACGGCGAUCCCGCAGCCAUGAAGACCCUCCUCACGGGAUUGACCGGAUUCCUCAUCGCCGAAGGGGCUCUGUUGAUUGCCACCGGGUUUGUCGCCCGACCGAUCCAUCGCAUAACCGGAGGUCUCCUGCACAUCUGGGCCAGUCCAUUCCGCUGGCUCCUGGCCCGCCGGCCGGCGUCGAUGGACCCGUUUCGGCGACUCUGCUCCUCCCACCCCGCCUCCUCCGCCAGCCCGCUCCCCGAUCCCGAAGUCUACGAGCGGGUCAACUGCAACGAUGAUGCCGGUGAGAAAACUGACGACGAGGAGAGCGAUCAGCUGCUGGGAACCCCAACCGGCGUGUCCUCGGCGCCCCCAAAGCCUGCCACCGACUCGAUGCGCCGCCGGGUCCUCGUCAUGGGCGCCUUUGGUCUGUUCCUGUUGCUCCGUGCCCUCCGGCCGUCGGACCCGGUGUACCGCUACCUGUCGGGCACCCUCCCGCUGUCCCCCUUUGACGAUGGCGGCCACCACGACUCGCCCGUGGUCACGACCGGCCUCGAGGGGGAUUAUGAGUAUCUGAAUGGCGUGUCGGCGCUGAAGCCCCCGCCCGCCUGGCACUGGCUGCCGGACGCCCCGUUGCCAGGCUUCUCGGACUGGAACGCCUCCGACAGGGACACGCUCCAUUAUCGACCGGACGCGGACCCGCUCCACAUCCCGAAUCUCCAGAACCCUAUCCUGGAGCCCAUCUCGGAGGUGCUGAACGACGGGCGCCUUCAGAUCAAACACAUCGUGUUGGUUAAGCUCGAGAGUACCCGCGCCGAUGUCUUCCCGCUGCAGAACGAUUCAUUCAUGUACCAUCGGAUCGCGGAGACGUACGAGGACCAGACCAUCCCGCCGGACGUUGAGGCGCGCAUCGCGAACCUCACCCGGACGGCCGAGUUUCUGACCGGCUUCCCCACCGGCUUUGGACCCGGGGACCACGGGCGGUUUGGCGGCCGUACCACCUACGGCGGCAUCAGCGCGCGCAAUGCUGUCACGACCGGCACGUACACGUUGAAGAGCCUGGUGGGAACCCUGUGUGGGGUGACACCGCUCGUGGCCGACUUCAACGUCGAGUACCGGCAUCACAUCUACCAGCCCUGCCUCGCCCAGGUCUUCAACGCCCUCAGCCAGCAGCCUGAUAUCACACCGGACACGGACGAUUUCACCCAUUGGCCCUGGCACUCGACCUGGAUGCAGUCCGUCACUGAGACCUACGAUAAACAGGACCUCCUGACGCCGAUCCUCGGGUACAGCGAGAAGCAGACCAGGGAGACGAUCGCCGCGGCCAAGUCCCCGCACCGGCCCGAAGAGGUCAACUACUAUGGGUUUCCCGACACGGCGCUGCGCGAGUACAUCCGCGAAGCUAUCGACGAUGCCGAGCGCGGCCACCGGCGCCUCUUCCUCACGCACCUGACGGGGACCACACACCAUCCGUGGCGGAUGCCCAACAACACGUACGAGGAGCUCACAGGCACGAAUGGCCCGGUAAACAACGACCUGAACCGGUACUUGAACACCAUUGGAUUCGCGGACGACUGGCUGGCCGAGAUCCUGGACAUCCUCGAGGAGAAGGGUGUGGCCAACGAGACGCUGGUGGUCCUGGCGGGCGACCACGGGCUGUCGCUGCCCAACGACGGCGGCGUCACCCCCUACGACAACCCCCACGUCGGAAGCUUCCAGGUGCCGAUCGUGCUGGCGCACCCGCAUCUGCCCCCCGUGGAGAUCUCGACCCCGGUGAUCAGUGACCAGAUCGUCCCCAGCAUCCUCGACCUCCUGAUCGAGUCGGACUCGGUGGGUCCACCGGCGGCCAAGCGGGCGGCGCACGACCUGCGUGGGCAGUACGAAGGGCAGUCGCUGAUCCGGUCGCUGGUCCCGGAGCAGGACACGCGCCAGCACUGGCAGUUCUCAGUGAUGAACACGGGCGGGUCGUGGCUGGCGGUGCGGUCUGCCGCGCGCCCUCAGUUCCGGCUGGUGAUCCCGCUCGUCGACGACGUCGAGUGGCGGUUCUCGGACCUGGAUCGGGACCCCGACGAGCGGGAUCCGGUCCAGCGCCUCAGCCUGGUGGACCUGGUCGAGACGAUUGAAGAGGAUUACGACGAGGACGCACUGAACUGGGUGCGCGACGCGGCAAACACCGCCAAGUGGUGGGUGGCGGAGAACUGGCGCCGGUACCAGUACAAUCCGGAGGCGGAGGCCAAGUACAAGGCUGAAUCUGGAGCUGGGUCUAAGAACGGGACUGGAUCCGGGGCCGAGUCUGAGUCCAACAAUGAAUCUGAGGCCGAGAACAACACCGAUUCCAAGAGCCAGUCCGAGUCUGAGUCUGGGUUUGAGCCUGAGUCUGAUUUUGAGCUCGAUUGUCACCGGACGCGAACCUCCCGUCUUCCCACCCUCCCCUCUAAGCCUACAUGA